AUGUCUCUGACGCUGAGGACGAACCUCUGUCUGCUGCUGAUCACAGUAGUGAGCGCAGAUGAAGUCUAUCGUUUCUCCAGAGCGGGACAGAGCAUCACUCUGCCCUGUGACCGACUUUCUAAUUAUCCAACAGAGUGUGAGUGGUUCGACUACAGAGAUCCUCAGUCAGAGGGUCAGCUGAUCCAGGGAGACCCCCGGCGAAGGCAGAACCAGGACUGCUCUCUGUCUCUGCACAACGUCACAGGUGCAGACGCAGGUUUAUAUCUGUGUCGUCUGAGAAGAAGAAGAGCAGAUUAUGACACAAACGUGCAUCUGAGCGUGCUCACAGUGUCUCAGACUGUGGUCAGCGAGUCACAAACAAGACUCCGGUGUGUUCUGAGACCCCUCAGAGGAUUCUGCAGAGACGGGAGGAUAGAGUGGAGAGACCAGGACGGUGCUCUUCUGUCUGAAGGAAGAGACCGCUGUGAGUCUGAGGAGACUGUGGAGCAAAGUCACGACGUCAGGACCUUCACCUGCAGCUAUGAGGAGAGAGGACAGGUGGUGUCUGCGGGGAUCAGGGUCCAGAGGAGCAGGGGACCACCACAGGAGACCGAGACCUCUGAGACCGAGACCUCUGAGACCGAGACCUCAGAGACCGAGACCUCAGGAUUUCCGCUGGUGCCGCUGCACAUUGCCUUCGGAGCCGGGCUGCUGCUGCUGCUGAUGCUUAUUGUCUCUGCGCUGAUGUUUUUAAACACAAAACCCCUAUAUUCUCAACAACAAACAGAAGUUUUUCAUGGUGGAUUUGGAGAACAAUGUGACGUACGCAACCAUCAACCACCAGAAAGCAGCAGCUCAGAAACCAAUCCCUGA